UCGUCUGUUGGUGUUAUGUCUCUGCCUGCCGACGCCGAAGUAAAACAGUGUCUAGGUGUUGCCUGAUCGGGUUCCUGCUUUCACUUUGCUGUACGGCUGCUGAAUUCCCCCUGCUUAUGUUAACCCUCUGUACAUAUGGGAGAUACAUUACCGUAUGGCGUGCUAUUACCUUGUGAUCAGCUCAACGCAUCUCAGCAAUGGGCAUUUUAGAAACAUUAAAGGAGUUUUUAGAGGUCCCCUGUGCAAGAAUGGGAGUGAAUCACUGGAUUAUGCUGGAAAGGAGAAGGCCAUAGCAAAGGCCCUUGAGGACCUGAAAGCCAAUUUCUACUGCGAAUUAUGUGACAAACAGUACCACAAACAUCAGGAGUUUGACAAUCACAUUAAUUCUUAUGACCAUGCACACAAACAGAGACUGAAAGAACUAAAGCAAAGAGAAUUUGCUCGAAAUGUAGCUUCAAAAUCGAGAAAAGAUGAAAAGAAACAGGAAAAGGCACUCAAACGUCUCCAUCAGCUUGCAGAGCUACGGAAACAGACAGAAUGUGCUCCAGGAAGUGGCCCUAUGUUCAAACCUGCAACAGUGGCCAUUGACAGUCACUCAAAAAGAGUUGCUGCUGGAACCGUUGCCAAAGACAGAGAUACCGGAAGAAAGAGCAAUACCAGGGCUUCAUGCAAAAAAGAAGCACUGAAAAAGAAUUUGGAAAAUAGCCUGCAAUCUACAGCACAAGUACAAAGCCAGUUAGGCUUAAAGCCCUUUAGUCUGUUCACAAAUAAAAGCAGCUCAUGUAUCCCCGUCCACAAGGGUAGUAUCUCAUUUUCUUUCUCCAAAAAAGCUCCUGUGAAGCUAGAGUCAUCAGCUUCAGUUUUCGAUGAUACCAUUGAAGAAAAGCAAAGUGAGGACGAGCCUCAAAAUUGCAAAGCGAAAGCUGAACCAGCAAUGUUAGGUGUACCUGGAGGACAAAAUAGCAUGGCAUGCACCGAAAAUAAUGAGCAAAUGAAACAGUCUCAGAUGGACAGUGGCAUUGGGAGCAAUCCUUUUGCAAGAGUUAAAAAGCUGAAGGCACUGAUGUUGAAGGAAAAUAAGGAUGAAGAAGGAAAGGAAUAUUAUUGUUAUACUCCUACACUUUACAAAACCAAGACAAAGUUCCCUUUCUUAUUAUUCAUGAAAUCAUCUGAGACAACAGAUGCAGGCAAACUGUCGGUCCACAAUGAGAAAAACAAAGGGUUUCAUACUGACAGCAGUAACUUCAAAUGUCGUGAGAUCUCUGAAAUUGGAGAUGGACAGCAUGAGGUCAGAGAUACCAAGAAAAUGGCCGCACCUCAAUUAAAUUAUCUCGCUUGUCAGCAGACACCCAAUCAAGAGGAUGGGAAAACAUUGGAUCAGGAUACUUGCAAGAUGAAAAAUGAAGCAUUGUCCACGUUUAGUGAGAAACAGACAGAACCUAAGUUGAGCAGGCUGGAAUCAUCACACAAGCCAAAGCCAAUAACUGGGCCCUUCCUUCAUGUGCUAAGUAGAGACGGAUCAACAAUACUUCAAUGGCCGUCAGAACUUCUACUGUUCACACAGACUGAGCCGUCCAUCUCGUACAGCUGCAAUCCGUUGUAUUUUGAUUUUAAACUGUCAAGAAACAAAAAUCGAGAGAAUGGGACCACAGAGCCAGAAUCUAAUAUGGAGCAUCAGCAUAAUGUAGCUGUUGCAAUUAACGAAGACAAUGGAGCUGGCAUAAGAGAAGCACAAAAUAUAAGUGUGGCGAUUGAGGAAGAUUUGAAGCAGAGAAAACUAAUAGGAUCACGCAAAUCAAAGAAAAGGAAGCGCCACCACAAAACUGACAAGAGAUUGAAGCAGAAACCUGAGAAUGGCUAUGUAGAAAAUGUGAUCAAAAAAGCAAAAGGGAAAAGGUACAAACAUAAUCUGAAAGAAAAGGAUAAAUAUGCUUUGAAAAUAACAGACCCGGAAUCGCAGAGUACUGAGGAAGAUUUGAAAGAGGAAAAAUAUUCCAAACUAACCCCAAAACGCUUUUUACAGGAUGGGAAUUCCAGCACAAAUGAGGAACUGGAGCACAUCAGCAGCAGUGUUAUUAAGAAACCAUCAGUUUCUCCUCUUGGUUUAAGCAACAAGAAACAGAAGAUUUCACCAGAUAAUUCUUUAAGUAGUUCCAAAGAAAUGUGUGAAAACCAAAAGAUGCACAAAUUCAGACAUAACAGCCUAAAUUUGAACUGCAAUGAGACCAGUAGCAUUAAGGAACUCCACAGAGAGGACCAUAAAUCAUCUUCACAUUGUAGCUAUGAAGAUGGCUCAGAAAGUAACAGAAGUAAUUGCCGAAAAUCCAGAAGCUAUUCAUCUUCCCAUGGCUCAUCAUUUAGGUCAUCUUCUGAUACCUCAAGUGACCGCAGUAGGACUAGUCAUAGUAGUAGAAAUUAUUCUGAUAGAUCAAGUGAUUACAGUCAGAGAAGUCAGUCUCGGUAUUGCUCAAAAAUGCAUCAAAGGUCACAUUGUAAUCACAAAUGUCAUUCUAAGCGUAAAAAGAACAGGUACAGCUAUUCAUCAGUGUCAUCAUUAUCCUCUGAUAAUGACCAUCACCAUAGGAAAAGAAGUGUCAGCCGAAGCAGAAGCCGAGACAACACCCGUAGGACUCAUUCAUGUACAAAAGGCCGAAUUCACGGCAGAAGCAGAAAUUCUAGCAGUAGCCAACAUCACAGCAGAAGUAGAAGCAGAUAUAGGAGCAGGUCAAGGCAUAGCUGGAAUAGACAAGAAAGUCCCAUUAAAGAUUACUCAAGCAGUAGACAUCCUAGUUUGAGGAGGUCAUGUUCUCGAAACAAAGAACAGUGUAGGAAAGAUAUAUCUAAUGAGGCUAGACACAGAAGUUCCACAUCUUUCUCAAAAGACAGAGUGUAUCAUAUAAAAUCAUCCCUAUGCUAUAGUGACUGUCAUGAGAUACAAAGAGGAACAGAAAAAUUCCAUGGAACAAUAAAGAAUGAAGAUAUAAUACAGAAUCACAGCUCGAUGUCACCCAGCUUAUUCCAGAAGAAUUAUACCGUUGGUUGCCCCAUUCUAAAUUUGAAGGAAAUGAUUAAAGAUGAAAAAAAAUCCGAGGUAACACAGCACCUGUUAGAAAAACUGCAAUGUAACAAAAUUGAAGAAGGGAAAAAUACAGCAGGAAACUUAACAUCAGCAUCGACUUCACUAGAUUUAAACCUGAACUAUCCUGCACAAGGUUAUUGCAGCCCCAGACUUCCUCCCUCUGUGGAUAAUAUGACAUUGUUGUCUGUAAUUGGAAAGUUAGCUGCAACAGAAAAGGUAGUUGAAAAAAAUGAUGAUAGAAGCAAAAAGGUUAGCAUUGACAAAGCAGAUGAGUCUGAAAACUCAAAAUGGACUGAAAAUGAAACAGCGUCGACUACAAACCAAGAACAGGGCCUUCUUCUGAAAGAAGUACAUGAGGAUAAAACAGACGUAGAAGAAGGAUCAAUGAACAGUCUAAUAAAAACUGCCGAGGAUGAACAGAUAGGCCCGACUAUAUAUCAAGUCCAGCCUGCUGAAGAAGAUGUGACCCCAGUCCCUGAAAAUAUGUCCAAUGUUGUUUCCUGUGUUACUGAUGAUUUCGACAAUAGUUCAAUGGUGGUCAAAGAGGAACAUUCCCAAAUGACUUUUUAUGAUUUUAGUGAUACAAAUUCUGUUCCAGUGGGAGACGUUACCUUUGAUUAUUACAACACUAACUCGGAGAAUGUUGACAAAAUGGAUCGUCCAUUCAUGGAGACUGCUAAAUCAAACUCAACCGCUUUGGCUAGCCAGCCUAUAACCUUCACACCCGAAGAAAUGGAGAAAUAUAGCAAAUUGCAAUUACAGGCACAGCAACAUAUCCAGCAACAGUUUCUCGCCAAACAGGUUAAGACAUUCCCAUCAUCUGCGUCGCUUGCUUUCUCUCCAGUGCCAGCAUUUCAGCCUGUUUCCAUUCAGCAGCCAUCCGCUGCUGCUGCUACAGUUACCACUGUUCACCACACUCUCCUCCAACAUCACGCUGCGGCCACUCUUACAGCUGCUCUCCACCCCAAUGCCCACCAGCAAGCGAUGACACAGCUUCACCAUAUCACCCAGCCACAUAUCACACCCUUUACCUUCUCUCCAAUUACUCAUUCUAUUUUUCCUGCUCACCCCACCACAUUCCUAGCUGGCCACCCACUGCAUUUCGUCCCUGCAGCGGCAAUCCACCCAGCCCAGCUGGCACUUCACCCACUGCCACACACUACUCUCUGUCCGACUCUAUUUGCCCCUCACCCAGUUGCAGCAGCAGCUGCUGCUUCAGCUAUUCAUUUUCACCCUUUGCUUCAUCCUCUGUUCCCAGGACAUGAUCUGCAACAUCGCUCCACUCCAAACACCUGA